AUGCGACUCCUGAACGUCGGAACGAGAAAGCUGCAAGAGUUCUUCGUCAAGGUGCCACGUUAUGUGAUCCUAUCACACACCUGGGGUGACGACGAGGUUACCUUCCAAGACCUCGACCGUCCUGACCACACCAGGAAACGAGGCUACGUCAAGAUCGACGGUCUCUGCUGCCUGGCGGCUCGAAUGGGCUUUCAAUGGGUGUGGGUUGAUACUUGCUGCAUCGACAAGACGAGCAGUGCAGAACUCUCCGAGGCUAUCAACUCCAUGUAUCGGUGGUACGAAGACUCUCAGAUCUGCUAUGUCUACCUCGAAGAUGUCGAGACAGGCGAUGAUCCGAGCAGCUUCGACAGCCAAUUUAGUAACAGUCGGUGGUUCACUAGAGGUUGGACGUUGCAGGAGCUUCUCGCACCCCGAAUAGUCGUGUUCUUCGAUGCUGCUUGGAAGGAACUUGGCACUCGUUCUUCACUGGCGCCCAAAGUUGAGCCCAUCACCAGUAUACCAGCCAAAUUCCUCGAAAAGAAUAAUGUCUCCUCCGCCAUUCGCUCCGCAAAGAUCGCCAUGCGGAUGUCAUGGGCUGCUCGGCGACAGACGACGAGGGUAGAGGAUAGAGCAUACUCUCUUCUUGGGAUAUUUGAUAUAAACAUGCCACUACUCUAUGGCGAGGGGGAAAGGGCUUUUGAGAGGCUACAAAUCGAGAUUAUGAAGCAGUCUUCCGAUGAUUCGAUACUCGCAUGGAUGGAGAAGAGCUUGAAGGGAAGGGCUUUCGAGACAAUCAAGAUAACAAACAUGAUCAUAGAGGUUGUAGAGCAGCCAAUCAACGGUUUAACACUCGAAUUGACAAGGAAGGUCAAGGAGAAAGGAGCUUUGAAGAGGCAGCAGAUCAAGAUGAUGAAACAGCCUUGCGACAACUCCAUGUCAUCAUGGACAUGGAAGGGCGAGGGCAAGCCAAGGCCGGUAAAUCCCCUCGACGACGAUCAUAGCAUGUGCUGUGACCGAGGUGCGCUUCAAGGGGUGUUGGCCCGGUGCCCUGAUGACUUUGUCUGGUGGAUCUCAACCCAGGCUAUGGAUUUCUAUGAAAGAAGCAAUUCAAGCACUGAGAUGACGACCCGCGGUCUGCGUGUUACUCUCCCUAUUCUCAAAGGCCAGGGGAAAAUAUCCUACGGUGUGCUCAACUGCAUGGUGGACAACAAUGUCGACCAGAUUCUUGCGGUCAGACUACAUCAUACCACUGUCGCCGACGAGUAUCAGCGGAAACUGGAUGGUCUCGUCACUCUAUCCUGGCAAGAUGUGACGAAAUGUCAACAAAGGACUGUUUACUUCUUAAAUUCUAAGCAGCAUCAUUUGCCUAACAGAAAAUCUCCUUGGGGCAAUACGUCGCCAAACACAACAAUCCGGAUACAAGGCUCGGACGAUGGGGCCGAACGCUUGGUUGGGGUGGCGCCAGAGCAUUCUUAUCGGAAGGAAUGGAGUUGUGUUCAAUAUUCUCGCAAUGAGAUGUGGCCACAAAUUCUCCUUCUCUACAAGAAAAUCCCUACUAUUGAUAAAAAAGAUAGCGGCAGUGAUGGGUAUGGGUUCAUUGUUGUCGUGGAAGAAAGGAGUGCGCUUUGUGCCUUCUUCUCUCUCGACCCAAAACCUCCGCCUUUCGUCUGCUACACCGUUCCCAUGCCAAAGGGAGAUAAAUUGGAGCAACUCAUAUCAGACAAUCAGCAGGAACUGCUGUUCUGGCGGAUAUCCUUUGCAAAACAUCGUCACUUGUCAAAACUCAAGAACACACUCUUUCUGAAAGCUGGCGUCCCUCAGGUUAAAAUUGAACGAGAAAAUUUCCUCGAUCAGGAGUCUUUCUCUAUCAAAAUCUCUUACACCAAGUCGUUAGUCCAGUAUGCCACGUCCAUCGCCAGGAGUAUUACGAAUCUGCGCCCAUCUAUGGAAUCUCAAUGGGCUCAUGUCUUGCACCGCCGCGCCUUGCUUCUCAUGGGCGAAACCUUCGUCCUUCUGAUUCCUUACGUUGCCUGGUAUCUAAAUAGCAAAAGACGCACGGCCAGAUGGAAGGAACUUGUCAUGAGUGAAGGCCUAGUGCUCAUGAAUCACCUCCUUCACCGUAUAGCCAGCUCUGCACUUCUGUCCUUCUGGAUGACGCGACGGCCGGACUUGACUGACUUUUAUGGUCAAAUAGUCGACCUUCACUUUGCCGUUUUGGUUCCCUCCUCGAUGUACACGCUAUUUCCUCAUUCCCGCAAGGAGACUAAAGUUAACCCGCUCGUCUCGGUGUUGUGCUCAAUGGCGGCUAUUCUACUUGCGAGGCGUGGACAAAAGGUCUCUGAGAAUUUGGGACUAGAAUCUACGACAGACUAUGCGACAGACUAUGUGACAGACGAUGCGACAGACGAUACGAGAGACGAUAUGACAGACGACACAAUAGACAGUGAGGAACUCUGA